UGUUCACAUAUUUCAUUCAUUCAUACAUUGGCUUAUGGCUUGGGCAGAGCUCCAAUGGAUACUUCCUCUUCUUGCAUUUGCUGCAAAUUAUGCAAUCUCCCUAAGUUAAGAGCACAUCAUUCUAACAAUUAUGCUGUUAGUUCCACACAGUUAAAUUUUUUAUACAGCAGAAAUCAUAAAUUUACUAACAAAUUCUUCAAUUCACUCAAAUUUCACCAUCGAGAAAAGCCAAUAACAUUUUUGAAACCUCUCAAAGUUAAAAGUACUGAUUCUACUGAACCUGAUAAUUUUGCUCAAGUACUCAAUGUGGAUAAGAAAUGGAUAGCAGAGGAGGAAGAAGAAGUUGGAAAUCCUUUACAGGGGAAGAGAGAUAAAGAGAGACUAGAUAUCAUAGCUGCAUGUAUCAUUGGUCUUUGCACUGGAGUUGGUGUGGUUCUCUUCAAUUAUACGGUACACGAACUGCGGGAUAUCCUGUGGGAUGGAUUCCCUUCCAGAGGUGCAACAUGGUUGAGACAACAGCCUAUUGAAGAUAGAUGGGUAAGAGUGAUUCUAGUACCAACUGGUGGGGGUGUUUUGGUGGCCAUAUUGAACAGUCUUCGAAGUUAUCUCAGGGUGCCUUCCAAAUCACAAGGAAGGCUUCUUUCUAAUGUUAAGGCUUCAUGCAGACCUGUUUUGAAGGCAUUUGCAGCUUCAAUUACACUUGGCUCUGGAAAUGCUUUAGGACCUGAAGGUCCUAGUGUGGAAAUAGGUGCAUCUAUUGCUAAGGGUAUCAGUAGUGUUUUUGGUAUGAGUAAUCAGAGAAGGACAUCUCUUGUUGCUGCUGGGUCAGCGGCCGGUAUCGCAUCAGGUUUCAAUGCUGCUAUUGCUGGAUGUUUUUUUGCUGUGGAGUCAGUGUUAUGGCCAUCACCAGCAGCAGAUUCCUCGCCUUCACUUACAAAUACAACAUCAAUGGUGAUCCUUAGUGCUGUAAUUGCUGCUAUAAUUUCAGAAGUGGGUUUAGGUUCUGAACCUGCAUUCAAGGUCCCAGAAUAUGAUUUUCGAUCUCCAAGUGAACUUCCACUAUAUCUUUUGCUGGGUAUUCUCUGCGGGUUGGUGUCAUUAACCUUAUCGAGGUGCACAUCUUACGCAAUAACAGCUGUUGAGAAAUCUCAAAAGGUGACAGGAAUACCAAAGGUUGUAUUUCCUGUAAUUGGUGGCUUGUCUGUCGGAGUGAUAGCAUUAGCAUAUCCUGAGAUUCUUUACUGGGGUUUCGAGAAUGUUGAUUUAUUGUUGGAAUCCAAUCCUUAUGUUAAGGGACUCCCAGCUGAUCUCCUACUUCAGCUAAUUGGGGUCAAGAUAAUAACGACUUCAUUUUGUCGGGCUUCUGGAUUGGUAGGAGGAUAUUAUGCACCGUCUCUUUUCAUUGGUGCAGCAACUGGCAUGGCAUAUGGAAAAUUGGUGGAACAAGCAGUCUUCCUCUCUGAUCCGAUAUUUCAUCUUUCUAUACUGGAAGUAGCUUCUCCUCAAGCGUAUGGACUGGUUGGCAUGGCGGCUACUUUAGCAGGGGUAUGUCAAGUACCUCUGACUGCAGUUCUGCUUCUCUUUCAAUUGACACAAGACUACCGGAUAGUACUACCUUUACUAGGAGCUGUAGGUUGUUCUUCAUGGAUUGCAUCUGGUCAGGUAAUUAAAAGGGAAACUGGAAAUAAAAGGGUCUCUCUAGAGUCAAAGAGAAAUGUCAUGCAAAAUACAAGCCAAUCUCCCUUCAACUCGGUUGAACUAUCUUCAAAUUCUUCUAGUGACAGAAAACCAUCUAACGAGGGUGAUGAACUUUGUGAGCUUGAGAGUUCUCUUUGUUUAGAUGACUCCGGGACAGAACUUAAAGCUAUAGAGGAAAGGAUUACCGUGUCUCAAGCAAUGCGGAUAAGAUAUGUUACUGUCUCAAUGAGCACUUUCCUGAUGGAAGCUGUUACUCUCAUGCUUGAAGAGAGGCAGUCUUGUGCCAUGAUAGUCGAUAACGAGAACUUCGUGAUUGGUUUCUUGACACUUGACGACAUUCAAGAGUUCAGCACAUUCUCUAAACCAAGACGUGGGCAAGACGAGGUGCAAAAUCUUACAGUGUCUGAAAUGUGCAACUUGAAAGAAGGAAAGUGUCGAGUUUUAUGGACAGCCACACCAGACAUGAAUCUCCUUUCUGUGGAAAGUGUUAUGGAUACACUGUGUAUAAAUCAACUUCCAGUUGUUAUAAAACAUGUUGAAGGCUAUAAAGGGUACCCAGUUGGUCUCAUAGAUAAAGAAUGUAUUGAUCUUGCUUGCAGAAUUGCAGCUACUCGAGAAUCUCUCGGCCUUUCAUCUGCACUGGAGAAGAACUGACAACUUCGAGCUUUUUGUGAUUAAUGUAGCCAGAAUCAGAAUCAGACCGGUGGCGAAACUUCAUUUCAUGGAUAUUGAAUUUUGGUAGUGAUGAAAAAGGGAGAAUUUGAGCUCACCUUUCUACUGGUUCCUUAAAGCUGUUAAAAUCAGUUGGGCUUGAUAACAAAAUCAAUGGUAUUCUGGAACAAAGUUAUCAGAUGGUGAAAAAAAUAAGUCACAUACAGGUUUUGAGUAUUCGGUUAUUGUUAUCUCUCAUUUUUUUUUUUUGAAAGUAAAAUAGAUUACCAAAACAGAGAGUUAAUCCCUUGAUUCAGUCUCUUUUGGAACUAAUUCAUAGUGAGUUUUCCCGCCGAUAACUGACUCGGCAGGAUUGACAUCAUCUGUAACAAGUACAAAAGAGUUUUUAGAUUAUUACAAGACAUUUUGAGC